UUGUAGUGUUAGGACUACUUUCGAGACUAUUAUUUGUUUUUUCUAAAAAAAUUCUAUUAAAUUUAUUUAAUUAAUUUAUUAAUAUUGUUUUAAGAGAAUUUUGUGAUGGGAAAAGGCAAGUGAAGAUGAUUUUAAAAUAUUUUAAUUAUGCAUGAAAAAUGUCUUAAUAUCAAAAUUCGCGGUUUUGUAGGAAAAAAGAAGAAGGAGAAGAAAGGACAUGGAACUCACGAGCAAGAAGGGUCAUCGCAGGAACAAGAUCAUCAGCAGCAGACGCAACAAAUUAAAAAAAGAAUUUUCAAAAAAAGAGAUAUUACGUGCGGGUUCCCUGUUCCUUUAGACCCUGAACCUCUUCAAGGUGUUUGGGUACGACGUAAAGGUCAACAGGGAGAAGAUACCUUUGGUAAUAAAUCUGAUAAUUUUGCUCACAGAAAGACAGAAGAAAUAAAUAAGCCAGUACAAGCAGCUUCUUCAACUGAAAAUACUCAGGCAGUAAUUAAAGCUGGACCUUCAGGCGUAUUAGACAAAAAGUCUUUCACUGAAAAGCAAAAAAAUUAUUGGCUGAGUCUUAUACCUUCUAGAAGAAAUUUAAGCAAAGGUGGAACUCAAGGCAGAUCUAUUAAAGUCUUUACAAACAUGGUUCAAAUUAUCUUCGAUAGUAAUUUCAAGGUAAAGGCUACUCAUUACGACGUUAAAUUCAGCCCAAACAAAUCAAAGAUGCUGAAAAGAAUUGCUUUUGAAAAAUUGCGCAUAGAAAAAUUCCCGAAGAAUUGGCCGGCGUUUGACGGUCAUGCCAAUGUUUAUUCCGCUGGUGAUUUACCUUUUAGACACAGUAUUACUCAAAUUGUGCAAAUAACCAAUGAAGAAGUUUACGAAGACUGCGCUAUAACAAUAACAAUGGAGAAAGUCAACGAGAUAGACCUUUCAUGGCUUCCAAAAGUGUGUGUAGGCUUCAAAGCAAAAGACAAAGACCAGUCUGCUAUUCAAGUUUUGGAUACGAUCCUCCGAAGCGCUCCUUAUAGUCGUGCGAUUUCCAUAGGUCGUUCGUUUUUCCAAUACCCUCAAUCUCAGGCAUUUGACUUGGACAACGGCAUGGAACUCUGGGUCGGGAUGUUCCAGUCAGCAGUUCUUGGAUGGAAACCUUUCUUCAAUGUCGACAUUUCUCAUAAAUCUUUUCCAAAAGCGGUCAGUGUAAUGGAAGCAAUAAAAGAACAAUGUACAGAGCCGAAGAAACCUCCUCCACAAGAGUUGACCGCUGAGAUGGUCUCCAAGAGCAUGGUCAGGAUCAAUAAGUUUCUCGAAGGAAUGAAAAUUGUUUUUCAAAUUCCUAACAAGCCGAGUAGUAAAAGAAAUUUUAGUGUAAACGGCCUUGGUUUACCUGCAAAAGACGCGAAAUUUAUGCUAGACAAUGGUCAAGAAUCUACUGUUGCGAAUUACUUCCAUCGAUUAAAAGGAUACAAAAUACAACGCGCGGAUUUACCUUGCCUUUGGGUUGGUUCGAAGCAGAAAAACGUUCUCGUUCCUAUUGAACUUUGUACAAUUGCCGCUGGUAAGAUGGUCACUAGGAAAUUGAGUGAAGAACAAACGGUGAAGAUGAUGAAAGAAGCUGGUAAGUCUGCACCAGAAAGGAUGGGAGGUAUUAAAACUGUUUUAAAUUCAAUGGACUUCAACAACAAUUUAACGAUGAAAGAGUUUGGAGUUUCUCUCACUAGUCAACUAGAACAAAUAGAUGCACGGGUACUGGAACCACCUUCACUUAAGUAUAAAGAUAUAAAAAGUCUUAAAGUUCAAAAAGGCGUUUGGCGAGCGGGUAAAUUUUUGGAAGCUCAGAGUAUCCAAGAUGAUUGCUGGACUAUCUUGAAUUUAUCUUCGGAAUGUAAGGAAGAAGAAAUAAGGAAGUUUACUUCUGUGCUACAAAAUUUUGGAAAAGAAAGUGGGAUGAUAAUUGGCAAGCCUCGAACUCCGUUUGGCAACAUGCAAAUUCAAAGCGCUCAGGAUAUCAGAGUCCUUAUACAUUAUCUUGAGCAACAGAAGAAGAAUCGAUUGAAGCUAGUAAUCGUCGUAAUUCCCAAGUCUCCAGCAGAUGUCUAUGCUAAAGUAAAACAAACUGCAGAAUUGCACAUCGGUAUACUCACGCAGUGUCUUAGGGAUCUGACGAUAAGUAAAAUUGUACAGAAUACAGACAGGGCGACAACAGUAAAUAUUCUUCUGAAAAUAAAUUCAAAACUGGACGGAAUCAAUCAUACAUUUGUUGCGGGGAUUAAACCUAAAUGCUUGGAAGGGGCGAUUAUUUUUGGUGCUGAUGUUACCCAUCCAUCGCCUGAUUCCACUAACUCACCUUCUAUUGCAGCGGUGGCGGCCAGUCAGAGUACUGAUAUAUUUAAAUACAACGUCGUCAUAAGAUUACAACCAGCCCGUCAGGAGAUUAUACAACAUUUAGAAGAAAUAAUUUACAAUCAGUUGAAAAUUUACACUGAAUCAAAUGCUAGAAAAAAGCCUGAAAAA